GUCAUCGAGCUGUGCCUUCGGUUGACGCUUGGCGGGAUCAUUUGAGAGAAGAAAGGCGCCUUUUGUGGUGUGACCUGACGGACGCACUGCUGUUACCUCUUCUAAUAGAAUAUAUCAGAGCCUGCUGUCAUGAAUUCAAGGCGGAAGUUGUCCAAGUCUACUGCCCGUGAAGAACAUCUAUUAGAAGAGUCACCAAAAACGAAGAAAUCUCGAAUCUCUGCCAAGAAAAAGGCAGUCCCACAAGAUGAUGUUGUAGAAAACAACAAUGUUUUUGGACAGCUCCUCAAGACAGCGGGAAUUACAUUGAAAGCUGGAGAAAAACAGAAUGAAAUUGCUAUAGAUGGUGCUGUUUUCCAGAAGAAGCUUUGUCAGGCUUUGAGGAAGCAUUCUUCUUAUCCACAGGUUGUUGGAGAGUUUGUCAGUGGUUUGGAAUACCACAUUGAAAACAGAGAUCAGUUCAGAAACUGUCUUCUUCCUUGUGUGCCAGCACAGAGUCAGGAAAUGAGUAAUGCAGUUCAUUCAUAUUGUGAAAGUCUCAUUAAACUACUCCUUGGAACUGAGAUAUUGCAGCCUGCUAUUAUAAGACUAUUGUUUGAGAAACUUCCUGAAUUUUUUCAUGAAAGUGUGGGCACUGAUGGACUCAAUUUGCCCCGGCUCAUUAUCAAUCAGUUAAAAUGGCUCGACAGGAUAGUUGAUAGCAAGGAACUUGUAUUGACAAUAAUGCAGAUUAUCUGUGUUUCUCCUCUGUCAAUCCAACACGAUAUUAUCACAAGUUUGCCAGAAAUCCUGGAAGAUUCCCAGCAUGGUGAGGUUGCCAGAGAGCUUAGCUCAUUGUUAAAGGAGAAAACUGAACUAACUGUUCCAAUUCUGGAUGCCCUUUCUAGUUUGAAUCUUGAUCUGGAGCUUCUGACUCAGGUGCGACAGUCUGUCAUGAUUACAGUGGCUGCUGUUAGAAUGGAAGAUUUGCCUGUAGUAGUCAAAUUUAUUCUUCGCUCCAUCAAGACCGCUGAUGCAGUAGAGGUAAUUUCUGAUCUUCGUAAGAAGGUGGACCUGGAUUCUUGUGUUUCACUUCCACGAAUUCAUGCUUCUCAGAGCAAGCUCAUGAGCCAGCCUCAGGGAAGUCUCUCUGCAAACCAAGUGAACAUCAGUCAGGAUUGUGUCAAACUCCUUUUUGAAGUCAUAAAGUCAGCUGUAAAAUUCCAGAAGAUGAUUUUGGAAGCCUGGGUUAAGGUUAUUGAGAAUGUUGCUUCUGCCUCUGAGCAUAAGGUUCUGGAUUUGAUAGUGCUGUUGAUAAUCUGUGCGACAAAUGCCAAGAACAAGAAGCAAAUAGAAAGAGUCCUGAGGAACAAGAUUCGGUCAGGUGAUAUGCAAGAGAAGUUGCUGCAAAAUGCCUUCCGGCUUCACUCACAGGUAAUGAGAGACCUCUUUCCAGCCAUCCUGUCACUGGCUGAGAUCUUUCUGCACGCUGUGGAUCCCUGUAUUGUCUCUUUUGGAAGCUGCAUGUACAAGCAAGCAUAUGCAACCUUUGACUCAUAUUGCCAGCAGGAGAUUGUGGGUGCUUUGGUGACGCAUACAUGUGGCGGAAAUGAUGUUGAAGUGGAUGUGUCUCUAGAAGUUCUCAUUGACCUUGUUUCUGUCCAUACCUCAUCAGUAGUUCCAUAUGCUGUCUUUCUGAAGAGCAUUUUAGACUACAUGGACAAUCUAAGUCCACAGCAAAUCCGGAAGCUAUUCCACAUCCUUAGCAUGCUAGCAUUCAGUCAGGAGCACAGAAGCAGCCACAUUCAGGACGACAUGCACAUGGUGAUCAGGAAGCAACUCUCCAGCACUAUUGCCAAAUAUAAGCGCAUUGGGAUUAUCGGUGCAGUUACCAUGGUGAGCAGCAUGGCAGCAAAAAAGAGUAAAGAAAAUGGGCAAAUAUUGGAAAGAGCACCACUAAGCAAGGAGCAAUGUAGACAGAUUACAUCUUUGCUGGAGCUGGUGUGCUCCAGCUGCAAGCAGGUUCCCCAAGCCGUGGCUCUCUACUACGAUGAACUUGCCAGCUUAGUUCGGAAAGGGAAUCUGGACUUACAGAUCCUGGAAUGGAUUGAGAAUAGUGUAGUGAAGGACUUUGAGGCAGAAUUUGUGACAGAAUUUCCUCCUUCAGGUGACAGUAUUUGCCUCUUCCCAGUGAAGGCCCUGUACAGCUUAGAAGAUGAGGAGAGUGAGGGAAUUAUUGUUAUUAACCUGUUGCCUCUGCUGUCUCAAAGCUAUGUCAGCACAGAAGAAACAGCAGCCCUCAGCCAGGAGAAAAGUUUAGUGUCUCCAGUGUGCUUGACACCAUUCUUCCGGUUGCUGAGGCACUGCGUAUCAGAGAUGAACAAUGGAAACAUGGAAGAAAUUGAUGCCUUAUUGGGGUGUCCUUUAUAUCUGACUGACUGGCCAGAAGAAGGAAAGUUAGACUCCUUAUCAAAUCAAGAGCGUGAACUACUCUGUUCGCUCUUAUUUCAUACACUUAACUGGUUCCGUGAGGUUGUGAAUGCUUUCUGCCAACAAGAAGACCCUGAGUUGAAAGCAAGAGUUUUGACUCGGCUACAGAACAUUACAGAGUUACAGUGUCUAUUAGAAAAGUACUUAGCAGCAACCCCUGGCUUUGUUCCUCCCCCUGCUAAUUUUGAUUCUGAGAUGUUGGAGGGAGUCCCUUUUAUCAGUACCGCUGGUCCGACCAAAAACAAGAGCAAAGGAAGGAAAAGGAAAAAAAUUGACAGCAAAAACAGCUCUACUGACAAUUCACAGUGGGAUGAAAACACAGAGGCAAAUGUGCCUGAAGCUGAAACCAGUCAACCAGAAAAGGAUUCCAAAGAGAGUGAAACAGAUGCCCCUUUGGUACAGCUGCAGAAUUACAGUGCAUAUUUUCGUGAAUUAGACUUUGAAGUUUUUACCAUCCUUCACAAUGGGUUGCUGAUGAAAUCUGUGCUGGACACAGAGAUGCACACAAAGACCCGUGAGGUGGUGCAGAUUGGGCCUGCAGAGCUCCUAUUCCUUCUGGAAGAUCUGUGCCAUAAACUGGAAUAUAUACUGAUACCCAUAUCUUCAAGGAGACCCCCUUUCUUAAAGGGAAAAGGAAGCAGGAAUGUUGGGUUCUCACAUCUUUGUCAAAGAUCAUCUCAAGACGUGAUGGAGUGUGCUGUACAACUGUUGAUGCCACUAUGCAACCACAUGGAAAAUAUGCACAACUUCUUCCAGGCACUACUUGCAGAGAAUCAUGGAGUAGUCGAUGCACCUGGAGUCAACAUUCAGGAACACCAGCUUAUGUCCUCCUGUUACCAGCGCUUACUGCAAGCCUUUCAUCUCCUCUUUGGAUGGAGUGGAUUUUCUCAACAUGAGAAUCAUAGGCUGCUGAAAGCAGGCCUCCAAGUUCUUGCACACAGACUCAAGCCAGGGGAGAAGGAAUGCCCUCUUGAGGAACUGCUCAGGCAGAGUUUUCAGUAUCUGCAAAAUUUCCAGCACAGCGUCCCCAAUAUUUAUUGUGCACUGAGCCUCACUCAAAUUCUACUUGGCAUCGCUGAAAAGUCUGGAACCAAUCUGAAAAAUGAUAAAAUAGCUUCCAUCACUAAAUAUUUUCUCUGCCAAUCUUGGAUAGAGCCCAGUGGAGUUCGUCAGAAGGGAAGGCAGUUUAAUGAUGCUCUCCAUGCUUUGUUCUGUAUCUAUUUGGAGCACACAGACAACUGUUUGAAAGCUAUAGAAGACAUUUCAAGAAUUGGGAUUCCGGAGCUGAUUCAUUCUGCUAAAGAUGGGCAUUCUUCUACUUACCCUACUUUGACCAGGCAAACAUUUCCAGUUUUCUUCCGAGUAAUGAUGGCUCAGCUAGAAAACUCAGUGAGGAACAUUCCUGCUGGACGAUCAUCAGACUCAAGUGAGGUUCAGUUAGAGAAAUUGCUACAUUGGAACAUGGCUGUGCGGGAUUUCCACAUACUUGUUAAUUUAGUUAAGGUAUUUGACAGUAGGCCUGUGCUCAGUGUUUGCCUGAAGUAUGGUCGUCUGUUCAUGGAAAUCUUUUUGAAACUUGGCAUGCCCCUCUUGGACUGCAGCUUUAAAAGGCACAGGGAAGACGUGCAGAGUUUGCUGAAAACUUUACAACUCAGUACCAGACAACUCCACCACAUGUGUGGUCAUUCCAAGAUUCGCCAAGACACAGGACUCACCAGCCACAUUCCUCUACUGAAGAAGUCUCUUGAGCAGUUUGUGUACCGAGUGAAAGCAAUGCUGGCUCUGAAUCACUGUCAGGAGGCUUUUUGGGUUGGCAUCCUCAAAAACAGAGACCUGCAGGGUGAAGAGAUCCUUUCACAAGCAUCCCAAGAAAGCAAGGAAGAGGAAGAAAUGUCCAUGCUUCCCGAGAAGGAUUCUGAGGACAAGGGAGAAGAAGAAGAUUCAGAGAGUGAGAGCAAGGCAGAUAUCAGAGACAGUGAUGAAGACAGCUCUGAUUAGGCUUGACCAUAUCAGGAUAACUUUAUGGUGAUCUGUUAUAACUUGUAAUUUGAAAGCUCAGGAACUGUGGUGAUCCUGAUGAGUUGUGUAACUGGUUGCCAAGCAUGCCAAAACAAGGUGGAUUAUAAAAGGGACUAUAUAAAGCCUGAGCUCAUUGUUGUUUAACGUUCAGCUCUUUAUCUCUAGAAAGCUUUAAAUAAGAACACAAAGCACUUUUUAUUGUUGGUUUCCAUUUUAUCAACGGCAUUCCUUUUAUUUGCUUCUUUACCUUAAUCUAACAGGUCGUGAACCUAACUAUAUUUUGGAGUGUGGUCUUUGUACUUAUGCACUUUUAGGGGGAAAUGCCCUACUUUCCUUUUUUAAAUGUUGUACAGAAAUGAUUUUGGAGGGGGGAAUAUGCUUAUCACAAGUUUUCAGUGCUGGUUCAUGGAAAUAUUAUAUUCUAGAAGUUUUUGCUGUGCUGUAUGCAAGAACUUGUAUAAUGAUAUCUUGACUUUAAUUCACAUACUUACAGAUUAAAAUAUAAAAUUGUACCAUUAA